AUGGAAGAGGUGGACGACGUGUGGGACAGCCUUGCGGGUGCAGAUGGUGCCGUGAAAGUGGAAGAUGAGGCAGGCGUCGUGCGGCUCGUGGAGAUGUGCGUGUCGAAGAACGUGCUGAACGAUCGCACGCUGGUGGCGUUCGUGGACGAGCGCAUCGUCCACUUGAAGCUGUCCGGCGCGUCGGCGCACAUCACCGACGCCGGCCUGGAGAGCAUCACGCGCUGCUGCAGCGGCCUCCAGUCGCUCUCGCUCUAUGGCGUCUCCAACUGCUCCCCCGACGCCCUUGCGCGCCUCUUCUCCAGCACGACGUCACUGACGUCGGUGAACUUGUCCAAGUGUCCGGUGGCCACCAAGCCUGUCAUCGACGCCCUCGUCCGCCACUCCACCGGCCUGCGCACGCUGAUUCUGAACAGGAACAAUCAGGUGCGCGACGACUUUUUGCUGGGCAACCUGCCCCACGUGCCCCACCUGCAGGAGCUCGCCGUGCUGGGCUGUCCGCACCUCACCGGCCAGUUCCUCCGCGUCCUCCCGCACCACAACUCGCGCCUCACCGCCCUCAACCUCUCCCGGUGUACGCAGCUCAAAUCGGACGAGCUGCUGGUGGAGUGCUUCAGCCGGAUGCCCUACCUCCAGAACCUGAAGCUGGCCAAGCUGCGGAAGCUCUCGGAUCGGGUGCUGGACUGUAUCGGGGACCACCUGGCCGGGGUGCUCUGCGAGCUCGACAUCCGCCUCUGCUCCUCCAUCACCGAGAGCGCCCUCAUCAGGGUGCUUCCCAAGCUGCAGGAGCUCCGCAUGCUGGGACUCCCGCCCCCUGCUGGGGAGCCUGGCCGAAGCCCGCCUCCGUUCCUCCACGAGCUCUACCUGAGCCGCUCCGCAAGCGCAAGCGCCGAGGCACCUACCCGCUGCCCCGCUCUUUCAAUCAACCACAUGUGGGCAACGCGGGCUGCCGGACUGACCGACGGAGUCGUUACCACGAUGCUGCAGCAAGGCCCCAAGCUAAAGGAGCUCUACGUGUCGGAUGCCGAGCGCGCCGUCGGGGAUUGGACCGCCGAGGCGUGGCCUCCCCGCCUGCGUCUCUUCGAAGCCGGCAACUCCCCCAUCACCGAUCAGGCCGUCGAGCAGCUGUGCCUGUUUUGCCCGCGGCUCGAGGUGCUGGACCUGGGCAAGUGCUCUCGCAUCACCCCGCGCAUCUGCGAGUCGAUCGGGCGCCUGGGGCACCUGCAGAACCUCAAUCUCUCGGGCAUCGCGGCCAUCGACGACCAGGCCGUGGCGCGCCUCAUCACCCAACGCACCGCCCACACCCUCGAGACCCUCACCCUCGCGAGCUGCGGGGUGAGCGCGGACUGUCUGGCGGUGGCGCUGCUGGGCCUGCCCAACCUGACGGCGCUCAACGUGCAGGACUGCGCCGGCGUGUCAUGCCUCACCCGCGACCACCCGGCCGUCGUGGCCCUCGAGGCCCGACGCCGCACGUCGGCGCGCACCACCGUGGCCGGGGCCGGCGUGCCCCUGCACGACCUCUCGUCGCUGUGCCUGAGCGGGUGUCGCCAUCUGGCGGGCACCACGCUCGCGACGGUGCUGGAGUGGUGCGGCCGCCUGCACGACCUGCAGUUCGCCGAGAACGCGGCGCUGGCCGACGACGACCUCGUCGCCGCGCUGCCGCGCCAGUCGAGCCUGCACGCCCUGAGCCUGGCCAAGCUGCCCCACCUCGCCUCGGCCGACCGGGUCGUGGCGGCCGUCGCGCGGGCCUGCCCGGACCUCAUCUACCUCAACCUCUCUGGCACGCGCGGACUCUCCGACGCGGGGUUCCGCGAGGUGCUGGAGCGGUGCCGGCUGCUGCAGACGAUGCACGCGAGCCAGUGCGGCAUCACGGACGACGCGCUCGAAGUCCUCCUCCCGCCCUCUCGCUGCGGGCAGGCCCUCCAGCUGCUCGCCCUCACUGACACCCGCGUGAGCAAGGACACCUGCGCCAAGCUCGUCCAGCACUUCCCCUUCCUCCAAAUCCACUUCGGCGGCCGGAUCUACGACGGGGAGGAGUUCGUGGCAGCGCAGCGACCGCCGUACGUGGGCUUCAUCCCGGGAGCGCGACAGACCCCCGACCCCGCCGAGGCCGGGCGUACCCUCGCCUACUGGCUGCUCGCCUCCUCGGCCGCUCUCCCGCCCGGCUACAACAGCCCACAGCUGUGA